UGCGGUGGCGAGCGAACGCCUGCCACGAAUUUUGCUCGCGAUCACGAACUACGUUACAGACUGUCACGUGUUACCGAGAGUAUGUAUGUAUGCUCCGCACUAUUUUGAUUUUCAAAUGGGUAUUCCGUAAGUGAAUUGUUUUAACGCAAUGGAUUUUCGAAGAGACAGUGUGUUUGAAAUAAAUAUACCCGGACUAAUUUAAAACUAACUCGUGAGUUCCAGAAGAAGUUAAUAUUUGUGUUUAUAACAUCGUUGAAGAUGAAAAUUGCGCCGAUGUGAAGAGGAACAAAGAUGGACCUUAAAUAUUUGAUCCUAAUGAUCGCUUUCGCGACAGUUGAAAUAAACGUAACUGAGAGCCGGCAAAAUGACAAAAGACGGUGGAAAAACGACAAGAGCUACUCGCACUACGUCAACAUUUGCGAUAUUCAAGAUAGGGUGUCCAAAGUACAUUGCUACUGCGAGAGCGUAAAGAUAAAAACCGCCACAAAGGCCGAUUGCUGGGUAUUCAACGGCGGCAUAGCGGAGGACGAUCCCUUUUGGUCAAACUUUUAUUCGCAGCCAAAAAUAGAGAAGCUGACUUUUAACGUCCGAGCGGACGGCGGGCUCACUUACAUCCCGGCCAAAGUGAUUGUGCGCCUGGAGCACCUCCAGUACCUCAAUAUCCAAUACGCGAACAUUUUCAGCAUUCCCUCGUUCGCAUUCACGAAUUCGACCACACUCCGAGAAAUCACUUUGCCCAAGAACAAAAUAACGAAACUCGAAAAGAUGGCGUUCGCUCAUCUACUGCGGUUGUCAAACGUCAGCCUAGCAGAAAACCAGAUAUCGGAACUGAACAGAGACGUAUUUUACUACCUGCCGAACCUUCAGCGGUUGUACCUAUCGAAGAACACUAUAAGCGUUUUGCAUGACGGCUGUUUCAAGCACCUCAGUAACCUGAUAAGGCUAGACCUCGACAACAAUUUGCUGACCGUAGUGAUAAGAGAGAACUUCCAGGGUCUGUCUAAUUUGAUUACACUAGAUAUGAGGAACAACAAAUUAACAUUGAUAGGGGACCUGGCGUUCGCCGAACUUUGGAGUCUCCAAGAACUUUAUUUGGACGGUAAUGAAAUACAGUAUAUAGACGGCAGAGGUUUUGGAGGAUUGACGCAACUGAGGAAACUUUCUUUGGCCGACAAUAAGUUGGACGCAAUAGACGAGGGAGUGCUCAGUGAUAAUCUGAAGUUGACUGUGUUGGAUUUGAGAAAUAAUAACUUAGAGACGCUGCGACAGGAGGCCGUUCAGAAUGUUUUGGAGAACAUGAAGACGAAUUACGCUUUAAUAUCUCUAGAUGGUAACAAGCUGAGCUGCGACUGCCGCCUCUCCUGGCUGCACAAACUGAAGAACGAGACCAAAAGCAAGCGCACAAAAUCGUCCCUCAGUCGCCUGGUCUGCAUCAUGGACAACAAUUUGAAACCCAACCUCUUUGGUAUUAAGGUCGUAUCCAAAACCGAACCCCCUCAAAAAAUCAACGCGGUCAUGUUUAAAAAUAACUACGACGAUAAUGAUGAAGAUUUCGACGAUGAUAGAACGUAUGAUGAUACAAUGCAAGAUCAAGUGACGGAACUGGAGUCAAAGAUCGAGUAUCGGAGGAGACUGCUGGAAAUUCCUACGGAAAUGCUACCGUGUCCCAAUAGAUUGAGCUAUGAAGCAUCCUACUCACCCCCUACUCAAGAUGAAGUUAAGUAUUACAAGGCUUCUUCAAGUGACAAAGUACGGAGCGUCAGUUGGAUACUUUUACUUGCUAUGGCGUUCAUUUUGUAGCAGAAUUUUGAACCUGCUUCUAAAUCUCAGUAUCUAUCAUUUUGAACGAUAUUCGUGAGUUGAAAUUAUCAUCUUUUAAAUCAGUAACCUAAGUUAGACAUUUAUUAUUAUUGUAAUGUAUUUUGAGUAUUUAUAAAUCAAACUAUGAAAAUUUCAUCUAGUUUAUUCAACAAAGCAUUUAGCACCCACAGAAGUUAUACUCAUAAGUAAGCAUGUAAAUAUAAAUCAAGUUAUUAUAAGUAUAAGUUAAGGUUUGAAUGGGUCUGUUUGCACAUUUAUUUAAAGGUUAAGGUAAACACAGUAUUUCCUGUAUAAUACAAAUAGUAUAACUUGUAUCUUAUUUAAAAUAAACUAAGUUAAUUCAAUUACCCAAUUAGUGUAAGUAUAAACUCUUAAGUUCGUACGGAAAUUAAUUAAAAUUGAUAAAGUGUUUACUGAGAAUUUUCUUCAGCUAUUUUCGUGGAUAUGACCAAUUAUUGUUAGCAACAUUUAAUCUUAAUUUAAAAAAGAUUAAACUCUACUUCUAAGAAUUGUUUCCAUGUUAUUUUCAAGUUAAAAAAAAUGUGUUAAAACCAACUCAAAGCAAAGUAAACAAGGCGUAUGUGUUUUCAAACGUUUUAUAUUGAACUAGAUUUUCAAUUUAUUUACAAAACGACUAUAAAAUAAAUUGAAAAUAUAGUUUUAUUAAGAUCGACAAACAGGCAGGAUGUAUGUGGAUAUUUUUCAUCAUUUUCCAUUUAAUACAAUUUUCAUUACUCAAUAAUAGUCAUUGACGAAUAUUGAGUAAUGAAACAUAAAGGUAGCAAGAAGAACUCAUAAUAAUAAGACAUAAGGACGCUGGAUGCUGGCCGCUACCAACCGGGCGAUGUGGAAAUCAGUGGGCGAGGCCUAUGUUCAGCAGUGGACGUUCUGUGGCUGAAAUAAUGAAGAUGAAUAAAACUCAAUGUAGUCAUUGCUCAAUGACUGUACAUUGAGUAAUGAAUUACAUUUUCUUCACAGUUGUUUUGCUACGAUUACACGAAUCGAGUCUAAUUUUAAACUAAUUUACACAGUUGAUACAAAUGUUGUCACAAUUGGACUAAUUCCACGAUUGUCAAAGAGGUUGUCUGUUUGUUUUUCCUUUCCGUAUUUACUUCCACGAGACAUGUUUAUGUUUUCUGUUAGUUACUUACAAUUAGUUAAUUUGUCAUCAAUAGUGUUUAUUACCUCAAUUACAAGUUUCGAGACUUUGUAUUAAUGAAUAUUGUUAGAGGGAAGACUGGAGUAAUAAUUUCAUUAAUUAUAAUUUAUGCAUAAAACAACAGUGA